CACCGCCAACAACCACCGAAGAAGAGAGAAGGAAAAUGGCGUCUCACACUGACAAGACGGCKGAUAGUCAAUAAACUGAUAAAACAUACAGUUAGCUGUAGCAUUCUGAUCCACUGUUCAGGCUGAACCGCUUCUUCUUCGAAGUUUUCUCUUCGGUUUGAAGGAAAUAUGGAYGAUUCAAAACCUCGAUACAGCAAAAGACUGCGGGCUGGGACAAGGCGGCGCUACCACGAUGAUGGGAUCUCAGAUGAGGAUAUUGAUGGAAAGAGRUUGUUUGAUUUGGAGGAGAAAGUCAGCAGUCAGAGGUUUGGUUCUGACCUGAUUGUUCGCAUGGAGGGAAAAGGUAGCAGGCGCCUGAUAGAUGUGAUGGAUGUGAGCACUCAGAAGGGGACGGAGAUGUCCCUGGCCCAGUGGACACGUUACUUUGAAACCCCUCCGUGUCAGAGGGAGAGGCUGUAUAACGUCAUCAGUCUGGAGUUCAGUCACACCAAGCUGGAGGCCUUAGUGAACAGGCCCACCACAGUGGACCUCAUCGACUGGGUGGACAACAUGUGGCCGCGUCAUCUGAAAGAGAGACAGAGAGACUCAACCAAUUCCAUCAAUGACAUGCAGUACCCCAAAGUACAGAAGUACUGCUUGAUGAGUGUCCAGGGCUGCUACACAGACUUUCACAUCGACUUCGGCGGCACCUCGGUGUGGUAUCACAUCCUCAGAGGAAGCAAG